CUUUUUACAAGAAGGGAGAAAACAAAAGUACAUGUAAAACUUUGACAAUUCUCAAAAAAUGGGUUCAAACAGCUUCAGGUCACGCCAAAGCAGUUCAAUUAAAAUCGACGAACCGAUAAAAAUGAACGGGUAGCUCUAGAUCCACCUAUGGUGUUGAUGCGAAGUAGGCAAGUAAUCUCUAUGAUGACCUCUACAUACACCAAAAAUAUAUGCAGAAAGUAGAGGAGCUUAUCGUUCACUCACUCGGUGCUGAGUAAAUCAAGUGACAAGUGGAGGGUACGAACUAUAACACAUGGCAGCGCCACCGAAACCAGAAAGUAACCAACUUUUGCUGUUCUUCUCACCAACAAAGACACCCAUCAGUUCCCACUCCUAAUCCCUUCAAACUGUACAGAAUUCUCUGUUUAUUCUUCCCCUUGGAUCUUCCAUUUUUCACGGUAAACUAUUGCAGAGGCGCACAGGAAUAGAAUCUUACAGCCACGUCUUCUUUGAGUAUUGAAGUAAAUGGCACAAGCAAAAACAGAAAAGACUUUGAAACUUGCAAAUUAUGAUGCUUACUUUGAGAUGGUCCAGAGCAGAAAAAAGUUGCCCCGUAAUUUACAGGAAACUUUGACUGAUGCAUUUGCGAAAAUUCCAGUUUCAUCCUUCCCUCAAGUCCCAGGAGGCAAAGUGAUUGAAAUAGAUGCCGACACUUCCAUAGGCGACGCUGUCAAGAUUCUUUCUGAAUCCAACAUCCUAUCAGCUCCUGUGAGGAAUCCAGCUGCUCAGAAUAGUAAGGAUUGGCGAGAAAUAUAUUUAGGCAUCCUAGAUUACUCAGCUAUUGUUCUUUGGGUGCUGGAGGGCGCAGAUGCAGCAGCAGCUGCCUUAUCAGCAAGUUCGGCAGCAGCGGCAGGAGUUGGAGCAGGUGCUGUUGGUGCUCUU